AUGGAAGCGUUUGAGUCCUACAUGGGUGGAGUCAGGGUGGACAGUGGAGUCAGGGUGGACGUGGGAGCCAGGGUGCACGGUGGAGCCAGGGUGCACGGUGGAGCCAGGGUGGAGUCAGGGUGGACGGUGGAGUCAGGGUGGACGUGGGAGCCAGGGUGGCCGUGGGAGCCAGGGUGCACGGUGGAGCCAGGGUGCACGGUGGAGCCAGGGUGCACGGUGGAGCCAGGGUGGAGUCAGGGUGGACGGUGGAGUCAGGGUGGACGUGGGAGUCAGGGUGGAGUCAGGGUGGACGGUGGAGUCAGGGUGGACGUGGGAGUCAGGGUGGAGUCAGGGUGGACGUGGGAGCCAGGGUGGACGUGGGAGCCAGGGUGCACGGUGGAGCCAGGGUGCACGGUGGAGCCAGGGUGCACGGUGGAGCCAGGGUGGAGUCAGGGUGGAGUCAGGGUGGACGUGGGAGCCAGGGUGGAUGUGGGAGCCAGGGUGGACGUGGGAGCCAGGGUGCACGGUGGAGCCAGGGUGCACGGUGGAGCCAGGGUGCACGGUGGAGCCAGGGUGCACGGUGGAGCCAGGGUGGAGUCAGGGUGGACGGGUGGAGUCAGGGUGGACGGUGGAGUCAGGGUGGACGUGGGAGUCAGGGUGGACGGUGGAGUCAGGGUGGACGUGGGAGCCAGGGUGGACGUGGGAGCCAGGGUGCACGGUGGAGCCAGGGUGCACGGUGGAGCCAGGGUGCACGGUGGAGCCAGGGUGGAGUCAGGGUGGACGGUGGAGUCAGGGUGGACGUGGGAGUCAGGGUGGAGUCAGGGUGUACGGUGGAGUCAGGGUGGACGUGGGAGUCAGGGUGGAGUCAGGGUGGACGGUGGAGUCAGGGUGGACGUGGGAGUCAGGGUGGACGGUGGAGUCAGGGUGGACGUGGGAGCCAGGGUGGACGUGGGAGCCAGGGUGGACGGUGGAGUCAGGGUGGACGUGGGAGCCAGGGUGGACGUGGGAGCCAGGGUGCACGGUGGAGCCAGGGUGCACGGUGGAGCCAGGGUGCACGGUGGAGCCAGGGUGGAGUCAGGGUGGACAGUGGAGUCAGGGUGGACGUGGGAGCCAGGGUGGACGUGGGAGCGAGGGUGCACGGUGGAGCCAGGGUGCACGGUGGAGCCAGGGUGGAGUCAGGGUGGACGGUGGAGUCAGGGUGGACGUGGGAGCCAGGGUGGACGUGGGAGCCAGGGUGCACGGUGGAGCCAGGGUGCACGGUGGAGCCAGGGUGCACGGUGGAGCCAGGGUCCACGGUGGAGCCAGGGUGCACGGUGGAGCCAGGGUGCACGGUGGAGCCAGGGUGGAGUCAGGGUGGACGGUGGAGUCAGGGUGGACGUGGGAGUCAGGGUGGAGUCAGGGUGGACGGUGGAGUCAGGGUGGACGUGGGAGUCAGGGUGGAGUCAGGGUGGACGUGGGAGCCAGGGUGGACGUGGGAGCCAGGGUGCACGGUGGAGCCAGGGUGCACGGUGGAGCCAGGGUGCACGGUGGAGCCAGGGUGGAGUCAGGGUGGAGUCAGGGUGGAGUCAGGGUGGAGUCAGGGUGGACGUGGGAGCCAGGGUGGAUGUGGGAGCCAGGGUGGACGUGGGAGCCAGGGUGGACGUGGGAGCCAGGGUGCACGGUGGAGCCAGGGUGCACGGUGGAGCCAGGGUGCACGGUGGAGCCAGGGUGCACGGUGGAGCCAGGGUGGAGUCAGGGUGGACGGUGGAGUCAGGGUGGACGUGGGAGCCAGGGUGGACGUGGGAGUCAGGGUGGACGUGGGAGCCAGGGUGGACGUGGGAGCCAGGGUGGACGUGGGAGCCAGGGUGGACGUGGGAGCCAGGGUGGACGUGGGAGCCAGGGUGGACGUGGGAGUCAGGGUGGACGUGGGAGCCAGGGUGGACGUGGGAGCCAGGGUGGACAUGGGAGUCAGGGUGGAGUCAGGGUGGACGGUGGAGCCAGGGUGGACGUGGGAGUCAGGGUGGACGUGGGAGCCAGGGUGCACGGUGGAGCCAGGGUGGAGUCAGGGUGGACGUGGGAGCCAGGGUGGACGGUGGAGCCAGGGUGGACGGUGGAGCCAGGGUGCACGGUGGAGCCAGGGUGGACGGUGGAGCCAGGGUGGACGGUGGAGCCAGGGUGCACGGUGGAGCCAGGGUGGACGGUGGAGCCAGGGUGGACGUGGGAGCCAGGGUGGACGUGGGAGCCAGGGUGGACGUGGGAGUCAGGGUGGACAAGCACAAUCAGACUGGUUCAAGUGUUAAGUUACUUAACUAG